AUGUCAAUAACUGUUUCGACCUGUCAACAGAUUUGCCAAUCACCUUUAAACCUUAGUCCAUCUAAGAAUCUAUGGACAUUCUCCAAAUCAGAGAGAUUUGGCAAAUUAGCUAAUCCAGUAUUUUGCUAAUAAGCCUUUUACAAUCUUCCUUCAAUGAUUGAAAAAAGAUCAGCUGGCAUCGGCAAAGGCAAUAAGGUUGACUUCACCAAAGUAGUUGUUCCAAGCCCAUCUCCCCAACAAUAUGAUUUAGGCAGUGAUGUCUAAAAUAAUUAGAAAAAGAAUAAAGGAUUUAAAUUUGGAGUGAGCAGAGAUAAAAUGGCCAGUACAGGCAUUUUAGGAACCUUAAAUCUCAAGACUCCAGCUCCUGGAACCUAUGAUCUAGGAAAUACCUUAAGUGAUAUAAGAUACACAAUGAGGCCAAAACCAUAGAAAAGCUCUUUAAUUUCCAAUGCUAAGGUUCCAGGACCAGGAUAAUAUGAAUCAUUACCAGCUAUCAACGAGAAAGGGAGAUAUCCAAUAUCAAAAUACAACAAUUCAUGUGCCACUUUAUUCAAUCCAAAAUCCUCAAAGAGAUUUACAACUGAUUAUUCCACUAAAGUACCUGGUCCAGGACAAUAUGGACUUGAUAAGACAGGAAUCUAAUAAGAUGGCAGAUAUUUUUUAUCUAAAUUCCAUGAUUCAAAUGUAAGAAGUUUUCCAAAAGAAGCAAGAAGAACAGGUUCAAAUGAAAAAUAUUAAACACCUGCACCUGGAAAUUAUAGAUUGCCAUCUGAGUUUGGCUAUUAUGAGGCCAGCAAAAGCGUUGGACACACUGAACCAAAAUGA